CCUCCGCUCACUGGCCGCUCUAGCCGUGCCCGGCCGUCUCGCUGCUCCCGGCCUGACGUCAUCACCCGGCGCCGCAGCUGGGUGGUUGGGCACGCGCAGCCAAGAAGAUGUCUCCGACGCCGGCGCUUUUCAGUUUGCCCGAGGCGCGGACGCGGUUUACGAAAUCUACCAGAGAGGCCUUGAAUAACAAAACUAUCAAGCCAUUAUUGAAUGCCUUCAGUCAGUUACCUGGCAGUGAAAAUGAAAAAAAAUGUACCCUUGACCAAGCUUUCAGAGGUGUUCUGGAAGAAGAAAUUAUAAAUCACUCAGCAUGUGAGAACGUUUUAGCUAUUAUUUCUCUUGCUAUUGGGGGAGUAACCGAAAGUGUCUGUACUGCGUCCACACCAUUUGUGCUGUUGGGAGAUGUCUUGGACUGCCUUCCUUUGGAUCAAUGUGACACAAUAUUCACUUUUGUCGAAAAAAAUGUUGCUACUUGGAAGUCAAAUACAUUCUAUUCUGCUGGCAAAAAUUAUUUACUACGAAUGUGCAAUGAUCUCCUCAGAAGAUUAUCUAAAUCUCAGAAUACAGUUUUCUGUGGACGAAUUCAACUGUUUUUGGCCAGGCUUUUUCCUCUAUCUGAGAAAUCAGGUCUUAACUUGCAAAGUCAGUUUAACCUGGAAAACAUCACUGUUUUCAAUACAAAUGAGCAGGAAAGCACCCUGGGUCAGAAGCACACAGAGGAUAGAGAAGAAGGGAUGGAUGUAGAAGAAGGUGAAAUGGGAGACGAUGAAGCACCUACAACUUGCUCUAUUCCAAUUGAUUACAACCUGUAUAGAAAAUUCUGGUCACUUCAAGAUUACUUCAGGAACCCUGUACAAUGCUAUGAGAAGAUUUCUUGGAAAACUUUUCUCAAGUAUUCUGAAGAAGUUUUAGCUGUUUUUAAGAGUUAUAAAUUAGAUGACACUCAAGCCUCCAGGAAAAAAAUGGAAGAACUGAAAACAGGAGGAGAGCAUGUCUACUUUGCAAAGUUUUUAACAAGUGAAAAGUUGAUGGACUUACAACUGAGUGACAGUAACUUUCGUCGACACAUCCUGUUGCAGUAUCUCAUUUUAUUUCAAUAUCUCAAGGGACAGGUCAAAUUCAAAAGUUCAAACUAUGUUUUAACUGAUGAGCAAUCACUCUGGAUUGAAGAUACUACAAAAUCAGUCUACCAACUGCUAUCUGAAAACCCCCCCGAUGGAGAAAGAUUUUCAAAGAUGGUAGAGCAUAUAUUAAACACUGAAGAAAAUUGGAACUCAUGGAAAAAUGAAGGCUGCCCAAGUUUUGUGAAAGAAAGAGCAUCAGAUACCAAGCCCACAAGAGUGGUGCGGAAGAGAGCAGCCCCAGAAGACUUCUUAGGCAAAGGGCCCAACAAGAAAAUCCUGAUUGGAAAUGAGGAGCUAACAAGGCUUUGGAAUCUCUGUCCUGAUAAUAUGGAAGCCUGUAAAUCAGAGACAAGAGAAUACAUGCCAACUUUGGAGGAGUUCUUCGAAGAAGCCAUUGAGCAAGCAGAUCCUGAGAACAUGGUUGAAAGUGAAUAUAAAGCCGUGAACAAUUCAAAUUAUGGGUGGAGAGCACUCAGACUUUUAGCACGGAGAAGCCCUCACUUCUUCCAGCCAACCAACCAGCAGUUUAAGAGUCUACCAGAGUAUCUGGAAAACAUGGUAAUAAAGCUAGCCAAGGAACUACCACCUCCUUCUGAAGAAAUAAAAACAGGCGAGGAUGAAGAUGAGGAAGACAAUGAUGCUUUACUGAAGGAAAAUGAAAGUCCUGAUGUUCGGCGAGAUAAACCUAUAACAGGGGAACAGAUAGAGUCAUUUGCCAACAAACUUGGUGAGCAAUGGAAGAUUUUGGCUCCUUACUUGGAAAUUAAAGACUCUGAAAUUAGGCAGAUUGAGUGUGACAGUGAAGACAUGAAGAUGAGAGCGAAGCAGCUCCUCGUUGCCUGGCAAGAUCAAGAAGGAGUUCAUGCAACAACUGAUAGCUUGAUUAGCGCACUAAACAAGUCUGGAUUAAGUGACCUUGCAGAAAGUCUAACUAAUGACACUGAGACAAACAGUUAGCUUUCUUGGUUUCCUUUCUUUUUUAUUAGACUGUGAUAAGAUUUUGUUACCAAGCAGCAUUUGAUAAGAGGUCCACUGGUUUUGGUAAACAAUAAACACUUUUAUAACAGCUAUUGUACAGUUAGUUGACUAGUGCUCCAAUAACCACACACAACACAGGCACUGGCUUAAACCAGGAGGGUGGGGUAGGAAAUGACGAAAGUAAAACAACCUCAGGAUUAUAGACUACUUUUUGUAAGUAUUUUUAUAAAAAGUUAAAUGUACUAACCCAAAUUAGGUUCCUAAAUGCUAUUAGUCAUGAAAUUUAUUCU